UUGAAUGGAUAAGAAUAAAAUUUUCACAUAAAACAGUUUACAAUAUAACUCAAAGUUUUCAUAAACUGAUUAGUCUAUUUUAAUUUCAAGUUUCCUUUGAAGACCAAUAACCCAAACGUUGCUAGAGUAAGACUAGGAUUUACGGAUUUCUUUUAGAGAAUUAAAUAUUUUGUUUGUACUCUUUUUAAAAUUUUUUAAUGGUCUAAAUGUCUAAGAAUCUCCAGAAGAAAUACCCAGAACACUACAUUUAUUUAUACCCCUCCUUUUCAUUUAUCUUUAUCGCACAGGUUUUUUUCUAUCGAAUAGCAGAUAAUUUAGGCCCAACUUCAUGAAAAAUUACUUCCUCAUACAGGUGUGUCAACAUUUUUUAUGUAAUCCUGCUCUGCGCACACCAUACAACUCAACUCAGACUUUUGGAGAUGUUAGAAAUAUAUAAAGAAAUGCAGCUAUUAAUUUCAAGAAUGCAGAUUCUUUUCCAUUAGCUUAGAAGACCUGCUUUACUUUAUAAUCAGUCUAUAAAAUUACUAAGACACACAGUCCACAAAUUCAUGCAACUGCAUGUUUCAAAUUGAGGCACUCCAUCUUGUGCAGCUUGAAUUUAGAAUGCUAAGAGCCUGAAGAUGUCCAUUUAAUAUGGAGAAAAAUGCUAACGUGGUUUUUGCUUUUUGCGACGAUAGUUUAUUGGAAACAAUAUAGUUGUGACUUAGGUUUUUAUAUUGUGUCUAUCUUUGAUUGAAAUUGCUUAUCUUUAUUUUUUAAAAUACUGUUGGGUUUAUUGAGUGUAUUGAGUUGCACCCAAUAAACUUUAAAAUGUACUAUAAAAUAAUAUAGUUUACAAAUAUCAUAAAAAGAAACUCCAAAAUUACACCUUUCUUGUGUCUUGUUCUCAUUCUGUAAUUGUUAAAUAUUCUAUUCUUUAGACAUUAUUUAUUUUUUUUACAAGCUAAUUUUUAAAUAUUUUUAAUUACAGGCUUGGAGCAAAGUUAAUAACUUAUUUGAUGAAAAUGAUCCUAAAUGUUAUACAAAUGCCAAAGAUCGCUUUAGAUCCUCAUUAUAUAAGUUAAAAAAUAAAGUUUUACCUAUCAAAAUGUCAAAAAAAUCAAAAUACAGACUUUAUCAAUUGAAAAAAUUUAAUAAAUAUAAACAAAGAAAACAAUUAAAAAUUCAGGAUUCUUUUUCUUCUUCUUCUUCUGAUGAUGAUGAUGUUGAUGAAGGAUGCCUGUUGCAAACAGAAGAUGAUAAUUUAAUGAAUGAAAAUGAUAAGCAAGAAGUGGAAAAUCAGAUGAAAACAGAAAAUCAGCUUAGUCCUCUAUCUGAUUACAGUUCAGAAUACGAAAAUAUUGGAAGUAAAGUUAUUUCUGAUGCAGAAAAUUCAGCAGAUUAUCAUAAAACAGUAAAUUCUAAUUUCCAAGAUGAAGAAUCAUCAAAUACUCAAACAAAUUCUGAGUAUACAGUAUUGUUGCAUGAAAAUGGAGAAAUUCAAGUAGAAGAUUCUUCACUUUUGGAUAAUAUACUUGAUUUGAUAGACAGCACUGAAAACUGCAUUCAGAAUACAGAAAACAUUUCUAAUAUGGAUUUGCCUUUUACUGAUCAAGAUGAAAGUGUCCCUAAUCAGCCGUUGAACAAUUCAAGUGAAUUUGACUAUGUGAAUGACAUCAACUUGGAUGAAUUCCCUGCAGUAAGAACAGAGUUAUGGAAUGCUGAGAAAAAGAUAUUUUCAGAAUUGGGAAAUAUGGAUGCUGACUAAUACGACAGACGGAUUUUAAUGAAAACAAGUGAAUUUUUGCAAACUUUCAAUGGUUUUAUACUUGUUGUUUUUGUAUGGAAUUACCAAUUGCAUAUAUCAAAAUCAUCAUAUUAUGUGUGCUAUUAAUGUUCUUACAAAGGUGAUAUCAAUAGUAAUGCCAAAAAUUUCAUGGUUUAGAUUUGUUGCUGUACAAAACACAAAAUACUAUAGUUAUGAAACUUUUUACUUUAAUUAUUUAAUUCAGUCUAUAUUCUGCUUAGAUUUGUUUGUUUAUUCUCAAUUUUCUUUUUAAAUGUACAUUUUCAUUGCAUAUAUUGUAUAUUAUGUAUUAUUAUGUAUUGUAUAUUAUGUAUGUUACUAUGUAUUUAUGUAUGUUACUGUGAAAGACCAAAAUUAGAGAAUGUCCAUAUUCUCCGGUGAAUGUUGACACAUACAAAUUACGUAGGUGAAAGUCCGAAUAUUUGGUUAUAUUAUUAUACAUUCGAACAAUCGCCGGUGUAUGUCGACAAGCACAGAUAAGCUUUGGUGGAGGUCGAAACGACAACCGAGAAGCCGAUAUCGAGAAAGAGGCGACAGUCUAUCACCAAAUAUUUUGUGGAUAGCCGGAAGUAGGACACAGUCGUACCUCUUUUUCUGGCAACAGUUUGGUGGAAACUGCUCACUUUGUCACUGGAUGGCGUUUUUGUUCUUUUGAUCCUUUGAGGUGGGGGUCGGUUUGUCAGGUCGAGUGACGGAGGAUGAGAGGAGUCGUCGGUAAGGCGUCGGCGAUAUCUGAAUAAAAGACACCAUUCAAUAUCAGUUAAAUAAUCAGAAUAAAAGAUCAGUUCGUAAUCACGUUAUAACGUAAUCAGUUUGUAAUUUGUAAAGAAAAGUUACUUUCCAUAGAUGAGAUUUCUUCUCAAGAAAUAUUGCUAAGAGAAGCAGCUGCAGCUAAUUCGAAAAGUGGAGGGCAAGGCUAUACACG